AUUUUGGUUUUUUGUUUGUUUUUAUUAAUUUGUGUUGCUUCCAUCUCUGGCAGCACCCAACUUCUUUUCUUUUUUUCCAGACAUUUAAGAAUAACUAAAAAAGUAGGAGGUUUUUUUUCCCUUAAUUUUCUAGGGAAACAAACAAUACCAUGGAUGAUUACACGAGAGAGAUGAUGGAUUUGAAAACCCUGGUUACUCGAACCCUAGAGAAGAAAGGGGUUCUAGCUAAGAUCCGGGCUGAACUAAGGGCAAGUGUCUUUGAGGCAAUAGAAGAGGAAGAUCGAGUAAUUGAAAAAGAGGAGAGUUUACCUCCUGCAUUAUUGGGAAGUUGCAAUGAUCGUGCUAAACGACUUCAUGCUUCUCCUUCUGGAAGAUUGUUAACUGCACUAGUGUGUGAGUACUUAGACUGGGCGCAACUAAACCACACUCUAAAAGUUUACCAGCCAGAAUGCAAUUUGCAAAAAGACUCCUGGAAAGCUGAGUUGAAAGACUUUAGUGUCAAAAAUGGUUAUGACCUUAACAGAAAUGGAGAUAAUCCUGUCCUUAUGGAUGUUCUUGAUUGCUUCUUGAAGUUUGAGAACUUAACCCAAGCAAGAGGAAGUGGAAGGAGAUCACAAGAAAUUGAGUCCUCGUCUAGUUCAGAGUCUCGUAACACAAGAAGACCCUCAUCAUCUACUGUUGCUGGGGGCUUGCCUCCAUUGGGAAGGCCAGUCCCUGCCUCGCAGUCAUCUGAUAGGAGAGCAGGCUCCUCCAUGUCUGGUUACAGGAAAGAAGAGUAUAAUUGGAGAUAUGAUGAUGACCUCCCAGAAGACGUGAUUCGAGCUUCAGCUGCCCUCGAAAAUCUUCAGUUGGACAGAAAGGCCAGGAAUCUAACUUCUUCUUGGCGGCAUGCUGGGGAUUCAGUCAGCAGGGAUGACGACAAGGUUGAUCAUAUGUAGCUGAAUGACAUCUAUCGCAAUCCGGCAAGCCUAGUUUAGUGUGUAUUUUCAAGGUUUCACUGAUCCGAGUUUUUCUUAACCACAAAACGGGCAGAGUGAAGUUAUCAUGUAAGUUUUAAUCUAUAUAUAAUUGUGAUGUGAUAUAGGUCCUCACUUUUAAGCUUUCUUUCCUCUCUUUUCACUUAUUUGUUUUUGGUAGACCUUUCAUUGUAUGUGAGGUUUUGUAUGGGGAUUUAGAUCAAACUAUGUUUUGCAAGCAAGCUGAAAAGUCUUACGAUUGUUGAUGUUUAGUUUUUCCUAAAAACAA